AUGAGUUGCGACGAAAUGCUGACAAGAUUUGAUGAAUUGGUAAAGCGAUUCAUCAAGGAAGAGUUUCACGACGUUCUCAAAGCCGAACGAGCAAAGCUGGAUGCGGAAAUCGAAGCUUACAACGUCGAGAAGAAGAAAUUGAACGCAGUUAUAGUCAGAGACGACGAUAUCAUCCAUUUGAACAUCGGUGGGACAAAAUUCACCACAACAAGAUCGACCCUGUGUCAAGUUAAAGAUUCCUUACUCGCGUCAAUGUUUAGCGGUCGUUGGGAAGAUAGCGUGCCUCGUGACCAAGAUGGCGCUGUCUUCUUUGAUUAUAAUCCUGUAUACUUUGGUUUCAUUUUGGAUUAUCUUCGUGCGAAGAAAAUGGCCACCCCGGAGAAUCCAGCACCAUUGCCCGAUGUCCCUGAUAACCAAGUUAAGAAUUUCCAAAACCUCGUCGGAUAUCUUGGCUUGAGUGAGGACAUUGUUCCGACCAAAAUUGGGCCAACGGACAAAUUCAAUUUACGAAGCCCAGAGAUUACUCUUCAAAAAGAGGGGAGAGUCGCAGUUCAUGAUCCAAAUAGUGGACAUAAAUAUGUUUUAGGUGAGAAUACUUACCAACAGGGGAUUGUGCGAUUCAAGUUAAAAGUAGAGUCAAUGCAAAAUAACAAUUGGGUCUUGGUGGGUAUACUUAAAGCAGAUGUUGUGCCACAAUCUCAGAAAGGUCAUUCGUAUCAAUGGUCUGGUUGUAAUGGAUGGGCAAUAGGCGCUGAUGGUCAAGUGCAUAAAGGCGGAUCGUAUACAAAUGACACGUCUUUAAAUGGUUUGUUCAAACAAGGUGACACGGUUGAGAUAGUCUUAAAUUGUGAUGAAGGAAAACUAUCGCUGCACUUGCCCACUGCUCAUCAAUUUCACAUGGACAUACCAAAGUCCCAAUCCUGGAGACUUCAUGUUAAUUUGCACGGUGCAAACGACAAAAUCCGCAUCGUCGAAGUUGUGCAAGAAUGA